CCCCUUUCAUCUAAAAUUCCUAACAACCUCCGCUUUUACCGUGUUACCAAUCUAAAUUUCCAAGAAUCCUCUCUUCCACCAUGUUAAUUCACUGCAUCUCUUCAAUUCAAAGGCACACAAGAUCAUGUCGGUGCCGGUGAAAGAGGCCACGUGCCGAUGCUGAUACAUAUGUCAUCGCCGAGUUUAACCGGUAACUCAUCAUCUACGAGGAACCACCGAAGUUAUCUCAGGAAUCCUCCGUGUCCGAGAUCAUGCUAUUUAUCCAUUAGUGUCGCCAAAAAGCAGUGCAGACAGGCAAAACUCACAUAUUCAGGGAGGUUAUCGGCAACAGUUUGUCUUCAAUAUGAGGGCGAUCUUGCUAUUUUACGAGACACUUUUAGUUUUGGCCAGUUUCCCAUAGUGCUAAAGGAACAUUCCAAUUUGACUUGGCAGCCAAUAAUCUCACACACAUUGAUAACUUUGAGUCAGACGAUCUAUCAAACAACGGCGUAUUCAUCUCAUUCAACAACUGAUAAAAUUUCUGCGCUUCCUCAUUCGGCAACUCUUCCCCACCAAAAUCUUCAGGUUGAUCAUAGGUCACGUUCACACCAAAAGCAUCCUCAACCAUGUCAGCAAUCAGAUUAAAGUUUUCCUCAUAUUCCAUAGGCGGCCGACUACUUGAAGCAUGCGCGUUGCUAGUCUCUGGUACGUUACUAGGCAGUUCUUCACCGUUAAACGUCCAAACCCAAUAAUUUGCAAUCAAAUACCUUCUAUGCAAAUGAGAUGUUAUUUCCUGUGGGUCACUAAUUAUUGGUCUACAUUCACAUUUAAGACAGGGACACCUAACUCCUCCUUCGCUUCGACAUAAUUCCUGAGCAAACGCCCAUUCUUCUCCUACUAUAAAAUUGGGUUUAAGUCUCAUUCUUCCUGGAAAUGUGCUAUCGUACAUCCAACUACGAUAAUACCGAUAAUAUUCCAUACUGCAUAUUUAUACAA